AUGGGGGCCCACGAGCAUCCCAGGGCGCAGUCUGCUGCAGCAGCAGCAGCAGCAGAUGGCGCACCGUGCGCUGCAGCAGCAGCACCCCCCUCCUGCAGCAGCUCGGCCAGCCCAGCAGCAGCAGCAGCAGGAGCAGCAGGAGCAGGAGCUUCUCCGAGCCGCAGCCUCCCGAAAGCUCCCUGCGGUUCCCCGUCUCCCUCCAACGGCGUGAGCAGCAGCAGCAGCAGCAGCGGCAUCUGCAGCAGCAGCAGCAGCAGCAGCAGCAGCGUGUGCAGCGGGAGCGUGCUGGUGGUGGGGGCGGGCGGCAUCGGCUGCGAGCUGGUGAAAAGUCUGGUGCUGCGGGGCUUUUACCGGAUUUUGGUUUUGGACUUGGACUCGAUUGACAUAACGAAUUUGAACCGGCAGUUCUUCUUCAGGCAGCAGCACGUGGGCAGCAGCAAGGCAGCAGUGCUGGCAGCAGCAGCAGCAGGUCUCUUUUCCGCGCAGCAGCUCUCCCGCAUUCGCCAGGGGCGUGCUGCUGUUGCUGCUGCUGCUGCUGCGGCGGCCGCGGGCGCCGACCCCCUGGCAGCAGCAGCAGCAGCAGCAGCGGCCGCCAGGGGCGCCCGAGACGCCGCCCUGGACCCCGCGGUCGUCGCCGCAGCAGCAGCAGCAGCAGCAGCGGACCCCGCAGCAGCAGCAGCAGCGGCGGCGGCGGCGCCCGCAGACGCCGAAACACCAGCAGCAGCAGCAGCAGCAGCAGGAGCAGCAGGACUGGUGGACGGGCGCGUGCUGUUCGGAAUAGUGGGAGUUUGCUGCAGCAUCUUCGAGCCGGAGUUCUCGGUGUCGCUGCUGCGUUCGUUUUGCUGCUGCUUCGGAGCGCUGGACAACCUGCGGGCCCGGCAGCAGCUAAACCGGCUCUGUGCUGCAGCAGCAAAGCCGCUGCUGGAGAGCGGCAGCAGCGGCUACAGCGGGCAGGCGGUGCCGAUUGUGGGGGGCAGCACGCUGUGCUUCGACUGCGAGGCGAAGCAGCAGCAGCAGCAGCAGCAGCAGCACUUCGCCGUCUGCACCCUCCGCCAGCAGCCAGACCGCCCCGAACACUGUGCUGCUUGGGCCAAAAUGCUGCACGAGUUGCUGUUUGCUGCUGAGGACCCUGCGAACUUGCUGGCGGACUUGAAGCAGGACUUGGACGCACUUUGCUGCUGCAGCAGCAGCAGCAGCAGCAGCGGCAGCGGCAGCGGCAGCGGCAGCGGUGGGGGGGGGUUGGCAGCAGCGGGGGUUCGCGUGAUGGAGGAGGUCUUCAGCAAACAAAUUAAAGAUCUCCUCAAGUUGAAAAAAAACUGGAAAAGUGGAAAAGAGCCCCAGCCACCCCUCAUACAACCCCAGCUGCUGCUGCAGUGGUACCAGCAGCAGCAGCAGCAGCAGCAAGGGCAGCAGCAGCAGCAGUGGCAGCAGCCGUCGCCGCACAAGAUCUGGUCCGUGGAGGAGUGCCAGAAGAUCUUCCUCCGCACCUUCUGCGCACUUAUGGAGAGGAAGCAGAGGCUGCUGCAGCAGCAGCAGCAACAGCAGCAGCAGCAGCAGCAGCAGCAGCAGGGGAUCCCGUUUGACAAGGACGAUGACCUGGCCAUGGACUUUAACCGAUGGGAGCUGCAGGCGAUCGUUGGCGCCAUCAUCCCAGCCAUUGCGAGCACAAAUGCAAUUGUUGCUGCAAUGCAGGUCGUAGAGGCGAUGCAUUUGUUGAGCUUCAUGGAGCAGCAGAAGCUGCAGAAGGAGCAGCAGCAGCAGCAGCAGCAGCCAGAGAAGACAGUGCGGGACAGCCUCGCUCGGCAGGUGUGGGUGAAGCCGUUCGUGACGGGGAGGAGGAGCGAAGAGUUCGGUUUGCUGCUGCUGCCGGAGGCUUUGGAGGCCCCCAGAAGCAGCUGCUUCGUUUGCCAGCAAAUCACAGUCACUGUCAAACUCGCCAGCCUCAAGCAGUGGAGUCUGUUGGCCUUCUUGACGAAAGUGCUGCAAAACGGCCUCGGCUGCAACACGCCUUUUCUUGACAGCAGCAAAAACGUAAUAGACCCUGAGGAAGCAAAAGCAGACAAAGAGUACCGAGAAAUGCUGCAGAAAACAAAACUCACUGACGCAGGCCUUUACAGUGGGGCCCUGCUCACUGUGACCGACUUCUCUCAAGGAAACUUCCAGUGCGACCUUCUGCUGCUGGAGGAUAAAUCCCUCGCCCAAAAUUCGGCUGAGGAAGAAGACGCCUUUAUAAUAACCAAACCUGACAGCAGCAGCAGCAGCAGCAGCAGCGACAGCAGCAGCAGCAGCGGCAGCAGCAGCAGCAGCAGCAGCGACAGCAGCAGCAGCAGCAGGGGCGAAGGGGGAAAGAGAAAAGCGGCGGCGGAGGAGAAAGCAGCAAAGCGGCAGAAGCGGGAAGAAGUCGUUAUUGACCUCGAGGAGGAGACCGAACAGCAGCAGCAACCAGCAGCAGCAGCAGCAGCAACAGCAGCAGGGACGGAAGAAGUGCUGCUGCUGAGCGACAGCGAUUGA